AUGGUACCUCUUAUAAAAUCUCAGGUAAUAGCCCACAGUGCCGCUUUAUCCAGCAGUUACUACACACAAACUCUAUCAAAAUUGGUAUCCCUGCAAACGGUUAAAACCGUGGUACCCCAAAUCCAAUACGUUGAAGAGAGGGUACCAGCGGUGGAACAACGAGUAAUAGUACAAGAAAAACAAAUUGAUCAUGGGGUACCCCUGGUUAGUCAAAGAGUAUUGGUACCCCAGAAUAGUGAGGUACCGCUGUAUAGAGAGAAGUAUGGGGUACCAUUUACAGAUGAUUAUGAGGCGACUAGACUGGGUAUUCAGUACGCAGAAAAGAGGCCUUACUAUAAGAAAGAUAGAGGUACCACUGGCAAAAAAUGGAUAACUGAUUUUGAUGGCAUAUCAAAACAAGUAGAUAUAUCAGCAAUGGAUCUUAAGGGGGUUUUGACACCUCAGGUACCAUCUGUAUCAUUAUUGUCACCCAAAGGUCCUUAUAAUAGUAUCAGCAAUGGUAUUACUGAAGCUUUGUAUGAUAAAAAAACUGAAGAGGCACAUACGUUGGAGACUACAUCUCUGGAUGGUCAAGUUAAACUGCCGCACAGUGGACCCGAUUCCGAAAAAGCUGGCCAAAAGUCGUUAAAGGUUCAGAUUUGA